AUGAAUACGCUAAGGAAAAUACUUUCCCUUGUUGUGCUGGAUCGUAUUUCAGGACCUGUAAAUAAGUUCCUAAACCCGAGUCAAAGUGGAUUCAUACCUGGAAGGUCGACAGCAGACGUAGUAUGGAGCCACAGAUGGCUGUGUGCAAUGUGCCAGAAACACAAAGAAGAAAUCUCAAUCCUUGGAAUCGAUCUAUCCCGUGCUUUCGAUACAAUCAACCGCAAAAAGCUGAUGCAUGUAUUGGAAGGCAUCCUAGAUGGGGAUGCAUUACGUAUGAUCAGAUUCUUACUCGCCAACACAUCGCUAUCCGUACGUGUGGGAAACUAUACCUCGAUGAAGUUUAAAACCGACACUGGCGUACCUCAGGGCGACUCGUUAUCUCCGGUUCUAUUUAUAAUCUACCUGGAGGCAGCCCUAAGACCUCUUCGGAGGAAUAAAUGCUUUACCAACGUGAUGGAAGUAAUUUACGCCGACGAUAUUGAUUUCGUCUCCCGAGAUCAGGACUCACUGGAAAACUUAUUAAAAGUGAUCCCUCAUUCGUUGAAGGACUGGUCCCUUGUAAUAAACCCGGACAAAACGGAAAGAACUACCAUAUCCCGCCUGGGGACGAGAAACGAGGAGAAGUGGAGAACAUGCAAGAAAGUUGGAUCUCUCCUUGGGGACUCGGAGGACGUUAUUCGAAGGAAAGUGCUGGCUGUUGCAUCCUUCAAAAAAAUGUGGACGAUCUGGAAGAGGCGCAAGUACAUAGGAACCCGCCUUCGAAUUCGGCUGUACAACUCCUUUGUCGAACUAAUCUUGCUUUACAACGCGGGGACCUGGGGCCUAACCGCUAAAGAACUGGAGCAGCUCAACUCUUUCCACAGAAAACAACUACGACUACUCCUGGGAAUUCACUGGCCAAAAAAAAUGACCAAUAAUGAACUCUACAGAAUCACCCAUACAUCCGAGAUUGCAAAGAAAGUGAUGUUCACGAAGUGGAUGCUCUUUGGACAUGUCCUAAGAGCCUCGGAAAUGACGCCGGCCAAUCAAAACAUGGAAUCCUACUUCUGCUCAUUAAAUAAAACGGCAUAUAGGGGCCGACAAAAAACAACAUUACCGACUACGCUCGACCAUGAUCUCACGUCGAUUGGAAGGAAACUGAAAUCGGCCGAUGAUCUGGACGAACUGAGAUACCUCGCACGUAACAGGGGAGCGUGGAUACGACUAACAGAGCGUAUCCUGAGUCGGAUGGCAAAAGUGGAAUCUUAA